CCCUUUCUCCCGGCGCAUGCGCGAUGCCCUCAGUUUCGCCUCAUUCCUUUGACGUCGCGGCGAAGCCGGCCUCGGCGUGACGGAUUGGGACGGAGGAGGCGGAGGCGAAGCCGAAGCCGAAGCCAUGGCCCAGGCCGGGCCCGCCUCGGAGCCGACGGCGGAUGCUCUCCUCCAGCGAGUGGCCGAACUGGAAAAAGUCAAUGCCGAAUUCCUUGUUACAAAACAGCAUCUCGAGCAAGAAUUCAAUCAAAAGAGGGCGAAAUUUAAAGAGCUGUAUCUCGCGAAAGAAGAGGACCUGAAGAGGCAAAAUAGCAUAUUGCAAGCAGCCCAGGAUGACGUGGAGCAGCUGCGAACGCAGCUCAUGGACGCCCAGGCCGAAAUGGAGAACAUCAAAGCCAUUGCGACCGUUUCCGAAAAUACGAAGCAAGAGGCCAUCGACGAGGUGAAGAGGCAAUGGCAGGAAGAAGUGGCUUCGCUGCAGGCGAUAAUGAAAGAAACUGUCCGUGACUAUGAACACCAGUUUCAUCACAGGCUGGAGCAAGAGCGAGCCCAGUGGAACCAGUACCGGGAGAACGUGGAACGGGAAAUCAUGGAGCUGAGGAGGAGGCUGUCGGAAGGCCAAGAAGAGGAGAACCUGGAGAACGAAAUGAAGAAGGCUCAAGAAGAUGCGGACAAGCUCCGCUCCGUGGUGAUGCCCAUGGAGAAGGAGAUUGCGACUCUGAAAGAGAAACUGGUGGAGUCCGAAGACAGGAUAAAGGAGCUAGAGGCUUCAAAGGUGAAAGAACUGAAUCAUUAUUUGGAAGCCGAGAAAUCCUGUCGGACUGAUCUCGAGAUGUACGUGGCCGUCCUAAACACCCAGAAGUCCGUGCUGCAAGAAGAUGCUGAGAAGUUGCGGAAGGAGCUUCACGAAGUCUGCCGCCUGUUAGAGCAGGAGCGACAGCAGCACAACCAGCUGAAACACACCUGGCAAAAGGCCAACGACCAGUUCCUGGAGUCCCAGCGCUUGCUGAUGCGGGACAUGCAGUGGAUGGAGCGGGUGCUGACCUCCGAGCAGCUGCGGCAAGUGGAGGAACUCAAGAAGAAAGACCAGGAAGACGAAGAACAACAGCGAUUGCACAAAAGGAAGGACGACAAGCAGAAAGGCGCCGACGAGGAAUCGAGAAUGACAGGCUGCUCCGUCACUCACGACGAAUCCCUCCCUCGGUUCCCCGGCGAAGAGGUCCAUCUAAACAGCAGCGCCCACGGUUCGGUCCACUCCCUGGACACGGACGCGCUGCUGUCUUCGGGCGAAUCCCUCAAGUCGGACACGGACCUGUUCAAAGAGGGUCUGCGGCGGGCGCAGUCGACGGACAGCCUGGGCGCGGCCUCGGGGGGCUCCUUGCAGGCCAAAGCGCUGGGCUACAACCACAAGGCCAAGUCGGCCGGGAACCUGGACGAGUCCGACUUCGGGCCGCUGGUGGGGGCCGACUCGGUGUCGGAGAACUUCGACACGGCCUCGCUGGGGUCGCUGCAGAUGCCCGCGGGCGGGUUCAUGCUCACCAAGGACCAGGAGAAGGCCAUCACGGCCAUGACGCCCGAGCAGGAGGAGACGGCCUCCCUCCUCUCCAGCAUCACCCAGAGCGUGGAAAACGCCUACGUCUCUCCCAGUGGGUAUCGCCUGGUCAGCGAGAUCGAGUGGAACCUGCUCCAGAAAGAGGUGCAGAACGCCGGGAACAAACUGGGCCGGCGCUGCGACAUGUGCUCCAAUUACGAGAAGCAACUGCAAGGGAUCCAGAUCCAGGAGGCCGAGAUGCGGGAUCAGGUGAAGAAACUGCAGGCGAUGCUGCGUCAGGCCAACGACCAACUCGAGAAGACGAUGCGGGAGAAGCAGGAGCUGGAGGAGUUCAUGAAGCAAAGCACUGAAGACUCGGAAAACCAGAUCUCAUCGCUUACGGCGAGAGUCCAGGAGUCGGAGGCCCUGCUUGGCGAAUUGCAGCAGGCCUUUUCCCAAGCCAAGAGAGACAUCCAGGACCAAAUGGCCAUCCUGACCCAGUCGCGGGAACACGUCUCGGAGGAGCUCUCCCGGCUGCAGAGGGACAACGAGAGCCUUCAAGGGAAGCACGGCCUCCACGCCUCUUUGCAGCAGGCCGAGAACUUCGUCCUCCCCGAAUCGGGAGAGGAGCUCCGGGAACUCGUCCUCAAGUACCGCGAAGACAUCCUCUGCGUGCGGACGGCGGCCGACCACCUGGAAGAGAAGCUGAAGGCGGAGAUCCUGUUCUUGAAGGAGCAGAUCCAGGCCGAGCAGUGCCUGAAGGAGAACAUCGAGGAGACGCUCCAGCUGGAGAUCGAGAACUGCAAGGAGGAGAUCGCCGCUGCAUCUGGCCUGAAAGCCGAACUGGAGCGAAUAAAAGCCGAGAAGGAGCUGGUGGAGUCCGCGUUGAAGGAGAAAAGGCAGCAGCUGGAAGGCUUCCAGGAAAGGAAGAGCAGCCUGGAAGAGCAGCUGAGGAAGGAGGCGGCUGCCAAGGUGAACCUCGAGCAGCUGAUGUUCGAGGAGAAGAACAAGGCGCAGCGGCUGCAGACGGAGCUGGACGUCAGCGAGCAAGUGCAGAGGGAUUUUGUGAAGCUCUCGCAGACCCUGCAGGUCCAGCUGGAGCGGAUCCGUCAGGCGGACUCCCUGGAGCGGAUCCGGGCCAUCCUGAACGACACCAAACUGACAGACAUCAACCAGCUGCCCGAGACAUGACACCCUCCUCCUCCUCCUCCUCCUCCUGGGACGGCCGGGCGAUGAGGCGGCGAGGCCACGUGUCGGGUUUCUUCUCCCCCCAGAAAAACUCAUCUUUAUAGCAGAACGUUUAAUAACUAUUAUUAUUAUUUAACUCUUUAACCGAAAGCGCAGAAGACGGUGCGGAAGAGGGAGCCGCGUGGUUCCCGGCAGGAGGAGGAAGAAGAAGAGAAAGAAAGAAAGAAAGAAAGAACGGCGGGUUUGCUAAGAAGCGAGGACCGGGGCGCUUUCCGGGAGUCUGCCGUCCCCCCUUUUCCUUCACUCCAGGAAGCGGCGUCCUCUCCACGCUCCCGUCUUCCCUCUUUUUUUACCACGAUCAAGGAAGCUGCUAGAAAUCAACGUCUCCCAAAUUUGGUUCCAGACAAAAGCGGUCGCCCGUCCUGGCGACUGAACGGUUGCCGGCAGGAAGGAGCGAGGCAGGAGGGGCCUCUAGUAGUAAGGCGUGUCGAUAUUUUAUAUUAAAAUACGGAUUAGUUUUCCAGAGAUUUGGGGCUGGAAGGCUUUCGAAGCUCGAUGCACUUUGUUCCGACUUGGUGUCUUUUUCGAGCCCGGUUUGGCAGUUGCGAGGAAGCGACGGAGCGGACAACAAAGAGAGGGAAGGGGACGUAAUCCACGGAUGUUAAGUUUCCCGGUCCCUGGAAGUCACAACGGAAGUCACUCUUGAGAAGGAAAAACGCCCCACGCGUCGAGCAGAUGGUGCUCUAAUGUCCUUACAGAACAAUAACAAGAAUCAAGCCUUCAUUCAAUUCUUUCUUCGUGAUGGGACAGGUGUUCUGUGCCCCCCGCUCUGUGAAUUUGUGUGGAAAGAACUGGCGGGAUCGAAGCCGGCUCUUUUAUUUUUUUAGGCUCUUGCUUGGAGAACAAAAUUGGUCGAGCUAGACCCGGGUCAGGCUCAGUCCCAUCGAAAACAGGGAGACUUACACUCAUCUCUUGGCAAUGUAUUGGACAGUUACGAAUCUGGGCUGAAAAGAGGGUUUGGUGCCCUUCUGCGUUACCUGGCAGACCUAGACAUGCGUGAAGGCAACACUUGUACGGCCGUUGGAUGAGGAUCUUUCUGGGAUGGGACUCCACUUGGGAAACUUAUUCAGCUCGUCUCUGAAGAAGGUGCUUGGCAACGUAUCGGACAGUUACGAAUCUCGGCUGAAAAGAGGGUUUGGUGCCCUUCUGCGUUACCUGGUGGACCUAGACGUGCGUGUAGGCAACACUUGUGUCACAGCCAUUGGACGGAGAUCUUCCCGGGAUGGGUCUCCACUUGGGAGACUUGGCUCGUCUCUGAAGAAGGUGCUUGGCAACGUAUUGGACAGUUACGAAUCUCAACUGAAAAGAGGGUUUAGUGCCCUUCUGUAUUACCUGACGGACCUAGACGUGUGUGAAGGCAACACUUGUGUCACGACCAUUGGACGGGGAUCUUCCCGGGAUGGGACCCCACUUGGGAGACUUAACUUGUCUCUGAAGGUGUUUGGCAACGUAUCGGACAGUUACAGUUACAAAUCUCGGCUGAGAGGAGGGUUUGGUGCCCAUCUGUGUUACCUGGCAGACAUAGAUGUGUGUGAAGGCAACACUUGUGUCACUACCAUUGGACGGGGAUCUUCCCGGGAUGGGUCUCCAUAGAAGUGGAUUGCGGAGGCUGCAUUGAGGGUUUGGAUUCAGAGCCGUGUCGUCUCACUCGGAAUCUGGUUUAAUCCGUCUGGCGGUGCUCCAGGUCUGACUCUUUGAGGGGAAGGUUAACGGAAGCAGGCUUGGUUUAGAAGCCGGGAACGAAGAAGAGAAGCGUCAUGUUUAUCCACCUUCAUGGAGCGUGUUUUUGAGUCUUUUCUGCUGGCACAAACCCACGAUCGUCUUAUGUAUUUGUAAGCUACUGCAAAGGAGUUGUCAAUCUGGAGUUGAGCCUUGGUGCAAAGGGUUUCUAAUGGGUUUAAGGAGUUAGUGUGAACACAUUGGUCAGAAGGUAUUUUUCUCGUCGGGAAGAAAGUGUUAACAUCGCGGGGAAUGCUUACGUUGCGUCUUUUUCUCGCGCUGCUUUGGGAAAUGUCACACGGGACAUCUCCUUGUCGUCUAUUGGAAGUAUUUGGGUUUUUUUGGCUCUAUUUCCCAUCUCUUCUGACAGAACACAGCUUUAAUUCGACACGGUGGAAAACGAAGCCGCUUGCGCCGUUCGAUCAGGACAGUUUAUCAUGAAUUACGAAUAAGCCGCUUCCGAGUGAUGCUUUGCAACGCCUUCCGAGUGAUGCUUCGCAAGGCCAGUGACGGAGCCUUUGAUUUUUUGGGGAGCCUUAAACCGACUUCAGAGACACUUUCUGCGGAGAGAAGGAAAUUGAACGGAGAUUGACGACGUCUCGCUACAACCAGAAGCCCUAAAACCAGGCACCUAUUUGAGGCCGGAAAGGGAAAAUAAUCCAGCCGUUUCCGCUCUUCCCGCCGGACAGGACUUUCAACCUUGGCUUCCGUUCUUCCGCGACGACCAACGCCUUGACCGUCCGCUCGUCCUGGUUCCGGGUGCAGAACGUACGGCAGGUUCGAGCUCUCUCGUUCUGUAUCCUUGUACAGUCUUUUCAUAUGUGCGGCCUGCGUUCUUACAGCAUGUGUGACUUAACCGUAACCCUUUUGAUUUCCUUUGUUGCCUCCUCGCGCGAGAACAAAACCCUCCGCAGCCUGGUUUGGCCAAAGAGAAGGACGAGAGCGGGGUUUCUUUGCGGCGAAGCUAGUCUUCCGAUUCCGGAGUCUUUUGGGAUCGUGCCGAGUCCCGACCCGUCGAGCCACCGGUGUCCUGUGAAAAAGUGUGGGUGUCGAGUUCUCCCGUCUACCGAAUUUACAGAAAUCAAUAAAAUAAAAACGUAACCCUUUGUUAACUGUAUUGAAGGCGUAUUAUCCCUUACAAAGUGUUCCAAAUUAAAGAAGGAAAUUUAACAAAAA